AUGCCACCAGCCCUCUUUCGGGUCGAAGAAGCUUCACAAUUUCUCCAGGAUGCUGUACAGUUACUAGGCCAGGACCCCACAUCUCAGCUGGGUCGAAAGCGUUUGAUUGAAGGCUCUAGAGGCAUUCUCCAGGGCACGCUGGCUGUACUUGUUGCUUUCGACCUCUCGGAAGUGAGGAAGAUUGUUGAAUACUGCAAGUCCGUUUUAGCUAUGCUCGGACAGGUGGAGCACAUCCGAUCCUUUUCCGAAUUGGCUGAAUUUGUUAAGAAUUUAACCCCAUGCAUGGCAAGAAUGAUCAAAGAAGUAGACGAACGUCAGCAAGAACUUGUAAUUCAGUCCCACGCAGAGCUUCUCGAGCGUGGUAUUGCACAAGUCAAGCGAAUAACACCAAUUCUAAUCUCCUCGAUCAAGCUCUUUCUGAACACAACUCAACAAGGCUUACCUGCUGCACACGAGGCCCAAUUAAACCGGGAUUACUUUUUACGCCAAAUGUCUGAUGAAAUACAGGAAAUAAUUCGUGGCCUCCAGUUAACAAGCGCGGAUGACAUCGACUGGCAGUGUGGCGAACAUGCAGGACUGCGAUCUGCCAAAAAUCUUAUUGGACGACUGGCGAAGUAUGCGACCGCAUGGUUAGCAGAUCCAAUGGUAAUCAAAGCUGUUACUUUUUUUACUUUUGAUAUGCCCUUUCGUUUUAUUGAAUCUGUUCUGAACAAGAAGGGUAAAAUUUUUAAAGAUUGA